UAUUCGUCGUACUUGCCCGUUUUCGAACCCAAAACCAAACUAUUUCUUCCCCUCAUCAUCUAUUCUCAAUUCGUUUCGUUCCCAAAUUAGGGCACUCAAUUUACCUCCGAAAUCUAGCUCUACACUCUCCUCUUCUUCUUCUUCUUCUUCUUCUUCUUGCUUUCUUCGUCCCUGAAUCAAUCCCCAAACCAAACCAAUUCCAGUCGGGUCGGACCUGCAACAAUCGUAUUGAAGCAUCGCUUACAGUGACACCGAAACCUUACGUGAGGGUUGGAGUUUUGUAGUUUGGUGUGUUCCGAAUGGAUGUGGAGAGGUAUGAACAGCGUGAGGAGAGAUAUGAUCGGGUUGACUCUCCGGUGAGAGAGCAGCGGGAGGAUGGGAAUUCUGAUGAUUUAGAAGAGAAUGGGAGCAGGCAUAGGAGCAAGGAUAGGAAGAAGAGUAGCCGAGGGGAAGAGAAGGAUAGUAGAAGUAAAGACCGGGAUAGGUCGAGGAGAAGUGGUGGUGAUGAUGUUGUCAAGGAAAGAGAGAAAGAAUCUAAAGAUUUGGAAAAGGAUCGUGUGUCUAAGGAAAGGAGGAAGGAUGAUAGGGAUGAGCGAUAUAAGGAUAGGAGUAGAGAUAACAAGGUGAGGGAGAGAGAUUAUGAUCGAGAGAAGGAGCAUGAGAGGGGGAAAGACAGAAAGGAUCGAGGGAAGGAUAGAGAGGGAGAGAAGGAUGUUGAUAAAGGACGAGACAAAGAGAGGGCGAAAGAGAAGAUUAGGGAUAGGGAAAAGGAAAGGGAAAGAGACAGGGCUAAAGAAAAAGAAAGAGAAAAGGAGAGAGAAAAGCAUAAAGAUCGAGAGAAGGGGAGGGAAAGCUUGAAGGAUACAGAUAGGGAGAAGGGGAAAGAUAAAUAUAGGGAAAAGGAGAGGGAGGCAGAUCAAGAUAAGGAGAAAUCAAGAGAUAGACAGAGCAGGAGAAGCGUGGAUGCUUAUGAGUCGAGCAAGAUUGGGGAAAGGGAUGAGAGUGCUAAGCUUAAUGAUGACGAUAACAGGGAUAAGGACAUUAUUAAGCAAGGUAAGAUGUCCCAUAAUGCUGCUUAUGAACAAAAUGCCGAGGGUUUGUCAGGUGGAGCACAUCUAUCAGCAUCCGAGCUUGAGGAACGCAUCCUGAAAACAAAGGAAGAGAGGUUAAAGAAGAAAACUGAAGACAUUCCUGAGGUUUUAGCUUGGGUUAAUAGGAGUCGUAAGCUCGAAGAGAAAAGGAAUGCUGAAAAAGAGAAAGCUUUGCAGCUUUCAAAGAUCUUUGAGGAACAGGACAAUGUUGCCGAAGAAGAAAGUGAAGAUGAGGAGGCAGCUCAGGAUAUGACUCAUAAUCUAGCUGGGGUUAAAGUUCUUCAUGGCAUUGAUAAAGUGAUGGACGGUGGCGCAGUUGUUUUAACACUCAAGGAUCAGAACAUUCUAGCUGAUGGUGACAUUAAUGAAGAUGUUGAUAUGCUUGAGAAUGUGGAACUUGGUGAGCAGAAGCAGCGAGAUGACGCUUACAAGGCAGCGAAGAAAAAAACAGGGAUUUAUGCUGAUAAGUUUAACGAUGAUCCUACUUUAGAGAAGAAAAUUCUUCCACAAUAUGAUGAUCCUGCUGCAGAUGAGGGGCUAACACUAGAUGCAGGAGGACGCUUUACUGGUGAAGCAGAGAAGAAACUUGAAGAGCUACGUAUGAGGCUACAGGGUGGUUCCACGAAAAACUGCUCUGAAGAUCUCAACAUGUCUGGAAAGAUCACAUCUGACUACUAUACAAAUGAAGAAAUGCUGCAAUUUAAAAAGCCCAAGAAAAAGAAAACCUUCAGGAAGAAGGAGAAGCUAGAUCUAGAUGCCCUUGAAGCAGAAGCCGUAUCUGCAGGGCUGGGUGCUGCGGACCUCGGUUCCAGGAAGGAUGGAAAGAGGCAGGCCACUAGAGAGGAGCAAGAAAGAUUAGAAGCUGAGAAGAGAAAUAGUGCAUACCAGUUAGCUAAAGCUAAAGCAAAUGAGGCAUCUAAAGCAUUGCGACAGGACACUCAAUCUGUUAAGGCAGAGGAAGAUGAAACUCCUUACUUUGCUGAUGAUUAUGAUGAAAUUGAUAAAGCCUUGGAGAGAUCAAGGAAAAUAGCUCUACAAAAGAAACAGGAGGAGAAAGUCUCCGGUCCGAAGGCAAUUGCUCGCCUUGCCACAGCAGCUGCAAGCAGCACAACUGCAGAUGAUCAAUUCUCGUCAACUGGACAGUCACAGGAAAACAAGGUUGUGUUCACAGAGAUGGAAGAAUUUGUCUUGGGCCUACAGCUUGAAGAAGAAUCCCACAAGCCUGAAAGUGAAGAUGUGUUUAUGCAAGAAGAUGAAGAACCAAAAGCUUCUGUAGACGUAGAAAUGGGCGAGCCUAGUGGAUGGACUGAAGUUAAUGAAAUUGAAGAGAACAAAGCACAAUCUGCUGCUGAUGAUAAUGAGGAAAUAGUUCCAGAUGAAACUAUCCAUGAAGUUGCAGUUGGGAAAGGUUUAUCAGGUGUGCUAAAACUGCUUAAAGAGCGAGGUAAUCUCAAAGAAGGUAUUGAAUGGGGUGGUAGGAACAUGGACAAGAAGAAAAGCAAACUUUUAGGCAUCGUAGAUGAUGACGAGGAGCCAAAGGAGACCCAUACAGUGCGUCGGAGAAAGGAUGAACAAAAGGAUACUCGUUCGUCAGGCCAUCAAAAGGAGAUGCGUCCUCCUAAAGUCUAUCAGGAAAAGGAUAUUCACAUUGAGAGAACUGACGAAUUUGGUCGAACUUUGACACCAAAGGAGGCCUUUCGGGUACUUUCACAUAAAUUUCAUGGGAAGGGGCCUGGAAAAAUGAAGCAAGAAAAGCGCAUGAAGCAAUACCACGAAGAACUCAAGUUGAAGCAGAUGAAGAGUUCAGAUACACCAUCCCUGUCUGUGGAGAGGAUGAGGGAAACUCAAGCUCGGUUACAGACACCCUAUCUUGUUCUCAGCGGCCAUGUUAAACCAGGGCAAACUAGCGAUCCCAGAAGUGGUUUUGCUACUGUGGAGAAGGAUCUCCCAGGGGGCUUGACGCCUAUGCUUGGUGACAGAAAGGUCGAACAUUUUCUGGGGAUAAAGCGCAAAGAUGAAACUGAAAGUUCAGGCACGCCGAAGAAGCCAAAAACUUGAAGAGUUCAUUAAUAAUGGGCAAGUGGCUGAAUUGUGUUGGCUUGGGAUAUUUCCCCAUGUACUCUUACACUGGCUGUAAAUAAGCUUCAUUUUUGACGAAGGGCUAUGGAGAAAAAUUGAAGGUAGGUUUCGAGUGUUUGACAGUAAAAGAAAAAAAUAGAUGUUGGUUUCUCUUUCUGAUACUCUUAGUCUACAAAAAACUAUUUCUUGAGCAGGGUUAUUCUAUUUGCUGUCCGAGAAUUUCAUUUCAUCUUAGCUUGUGAGUCAUUCUUCUGAAUGGGGCACAAGAAUGGGGCACCCACAGCUCAGAUAUUGAAAGCCUGAAGUCUCUGUGGUUCAGGACUCUACAUUGCGGGUGUGAAUGAGUAGAAAUAGCCAUCAAUGGAUGUUUGUGAUGGCAUAAUUGUCUGCCUCUCACCUGUGAUUUCUACAUUUAUUGUUUUUAUAUUGCUGGAGCUAAACGAAAUAUCUGUUAGGAAGGUAUAUGAUCAUUAUACAUUGAACUUCAAAUCCCGGGUUUAGUUUCGCUCUCA